AUGGUCGUAGAUGUUUCGAGACCGAGAGAGCCCAAGGUCAAGGUCAAGGUCAAGGGUGCAGUGAUUGCUGCUGCUACCCUGCCUUAUCACCCAUCUCCACUCUCCGCAUCAGACUCUUUCUUCUUGGAGAAGAACGAGACAUGGUUAUUUACCGCCCAAAUGGCAAACCCGGCGAUUGCAAGAAGAAGAAAGAGGACGAUGAUGAUGAUCGCGAUAGUGAUGUUGCGUUUGACCAUAUUGGGUGGAGACGAUCAGCAGAUCGUAGUGAUUUGA